AUGUCGAAAGUGCUCGCAGUGGCCCUCAUCCUCUGUGGAAUCCUUCUGGUUGUGUUCGGUCAGGAUAACACAACUGCCACACCCACGGACUACUGUCAAAGUGGUUUGUGUUCUGUACUGAAAAAACAUAUUGCCUGCAGGAACAAAGGAGAGUUCAGCAAGCAGUGUCCUGCUGACGCCCAGUUGGUUAAUCUCAGUGGCUUGCACGACCUGAUCCUGGAUGAGCAUAAUGCUCUGCGAAAUGUCCUGGCUGCUGGCAAAGUCACGAACUUACCGCAACCCGAUCGGAUGGCCACACUGCAGUGGAACGACGAUCUGGCGGAUCUGGCCACACUGAAUGUGAAGCAGUGUGCCUUGCAGCACGAUCCUUGUCACAAUACCCCGGAUUUCGCCAACUCUGGUCAGAAUCUAGCCUUGAUCAACAUUACCCUGCUUCAAGGAGAGGGAAAUCAUACAGAUGAGUGUCUCAUCAAGGAGUCUAUUGGUGGCUGGUGGAAUCAGAGUGCCAAUAUCACGAAGGAGCAACUGCAGCGUUUCCCCAAGGGAAAGUUGGGAGAUUCCAUUCGCAAUUUCGCCGUUAUGGCCCGUGACAACAACACUUUCGUGGGCUGUGCCGCUCUGCGGUUCGAGAAGCCCGCGGGUCAUCCUCAAUUUUUGAUGGCCUGCAACUAUGCCAGCAAUUAUAUCCCAGAUUGGCCAAUCUACCGGGAGAAAGCCAUCGGAUGUCAGUCGGGCUUCGACAGCAAAUAUUCAGCGCUCUGCAAGGCUGGAGAGCAAUACCAGGAGCUGCCGAGCGAGGAGAGCACCAAGGCGAAGAGUUAUUGGAGGCUGUAGGAGUGCCAAAAAUAACACCUAGCCGAAAGGGUUGGAGUGGGCGGAGGUGCACUCACAGUCUAUUUAACAUGUUGAUUUGUGUCACAGUGCGUGGCGGUCAUAUAUCAUCUCACAGCCGCAUUAGCACAGACACCUGAAGAGGCAGUGAUGCCAGCAUGUGAGAAAAAACGAUAUGUCGGUAUUUAAAAAAAUAAUAAAAUUUGAAAGCGAGAAUAGAGAAUUCAAUGUUUUUUAAAUAAAUGAUUUUAUAUUU